AUGAGUGGUUCUACAGAACCUAAAAAGCAACCAAGAAGAAGGUUUAUUGGUAGAAGAUCUGAAAGCGGUAACAACGAUAAACUAACGACAGUGGCCGAAAAUGGCAAUGAAGUAGUGCACAAGCAAAAAAGUAGGAUUGCUCUUGCUAGGAGUGUUAACCAUGUACCAGAAGAUAUUUUGAACGACAAAGAAUUAAAUGAGGCUGUGAAAUUAUUGCCUUCCAACUAUAAUUUUGAGAUCUACAAAACUGUGUGGAAUAUUAGAAAGUAUAAUGCUAAAAGAAUAGCCCUACAAAUGCCAGAAGGGUUAUUGAUUUAUUCAUUGAUUAUCACUGACAUCCUGGAACAGUUCUGUGGUGUUGAAACUUUAGUAAUGGGAGAUGUUUCUUAUGGUGCAUGCUGUAUUGAUGAUUUUACUGCCAGAGCAUUGGAUUGCGACUUUAUUGUACAUUAUGCACAUUCGUGUUUAGUGCCUAUCGACAUCACAAAAAUUAAAGUGCUAUAUGUCUUUGUUACCAUAAAUAUUCAAGAAGAUCACAUUAUCAAAACACUGCAGAAAAACUUUCCGAAGGGGUCUAGAAUUGCAACGUUCGGUACUAUUCAGUUCAAUCCUGCGGUGCACAGUGUGAGAGAUAAACUACUUAACGAUGAAAAUCAUAUGUUAUACAUUAUUCCACCACAAAUUAAACCCCUCUCAAGGGGUGAAGUGUUGGGUUGUACUUCUGAGAGAUUAGAUAAAGAGCAAUAUGAUGCCAUGGUUUUCAUUGGUGAUGGUAGGUUUCACUUAGAGUCUGCAAUGAUACAUAAUCCAGAAAUUCCUGCCUUCAAGUAUGACCCAUACAACAGAAAGUUUACUAGAGAAGGGUACGAUCAAAAGCAACUCGUACAAGUUAGAUCAGAGGCUAUUAAAGUCGCCCAGAACGGAAAAGUGUUUGGUUUGAUCUUAGGUGCACUAGGGAGGCAAGGUAAUUUGAACACUGUAAAGAACUUGGAGAAAAACUUGCUUGCAGCAGGUAAAACUGUGGUGAAAAUCAUUCUAAGUGAAGUCUUCCCACAAAAGCUGGCCAUGUUUGAUCAAAUUGAUGUUUUCGUUCAAGUCGCAUGUCCCAGAUUAUCUAUUGAUUGGGGUUAUGCCUUUAAUAAGCCACUAUUAACACCAUACGAGGCUAGUGUAUUGCUGAAAAAAGAUGUUAUGUUCAGCGAAAAAUACUAUCCAAUGGAUUAUUACGAAGCUAAAGGGUAUGGGCGUGGGGAAACUCCAAAACAUGCUAUUGAAUUCUUUAAAUAG